AUGGCUAGUGAGGAGAGUUUUGUUGUUUUGGUGCACCACAGAGGAUCUGUUAAUAGAAAAACUCGUUCCGGAGUAAAGUUCACAGAUAAGAAUCCUCUAUGUAUUGUCAUAACAUCUACGACGAGUUACGAUGAUCUUGUUAGCGCUGUACUAAUGAAGCUUGGUCUGGAGGGUGCGAAGCGGAAUACGGUGAAGUAUGAUUGCUUCACGAUUAAUAAUGAUGCGGACCUGCAAGUAAUGUUUCUCUGUCGGCGGCAGUUUCCGGAGGUGAGGACACCGGAGUUGUUGGCCCGGCUGGUUGAUGUUGUAUCCAGCUCCGGCGGUUCGAACAGGAAUACGAACACUAUAGCGAAUGCAGCAGGUUCUAGUUCCCGGCCUGCCGUUGCUUCCUCGUCCGUCCCUGUGUACGAACCAGUGGUCCAACAUGUCGCCUCCCCAUCUUUCGCUGUUGACCUCAAUGCCACCGAAGGCGACGAGGUAGUGGAAAGGGAAAAUUUGCCGAACGCUUUAGUGGGAGUUGCACCUGUUGGCGUAGGAGACGGUUUUUUGGACGAUGAAGACGAGGAUGACGUCGAGCCGGAUAUGAUUGACGAUGAUAGCGCUGAUGAUAUUGGAGCGACUGGGCCUGCAUUGGAGGUAGGUGGUUCUAGCUCUGGCACACAGCAGUAUCCACCACAUUUUUCCUCGUUGGACUUGGACGCCAUGAGACAUGAGGGGGUUUUAGGGCACGCUGUUGGAUUCGGAGCUAGAGAUGCGGAAGGGACUACUGGUCUGACAGAGUUCCAGGUUGGUCAGCAAUUCCAGGAUAAAGAUGAGGCCCUUUUAAGUGUGAAGACUUACAGCAUCCGGCGAGGGGUACAGUACAAGGUGGUGGAGUCGGAUCACCGCCGGUAUGUGGGCAAGUGUUCCGAGUUUGGGAAUGGGUGCACAUGGUUGAUUCGACUGAGUCUCCGGAAGCGCAAGGGCAUUUGGGAGGUCAAACGGUACAAUGGACCUCACACUUGCCUGGCCACAUCCAUCUCUAGUGACCACAGGAGUUUGGAUUAUCAUGUGAUUUCAGCUUUCAUUAUGCCAAUGGUUAGGGCCGAUGCAUCCGUGAGCAUCAAGGUGCUCCUGAACGCCACGGCAGCGCACUUUGGUUUUAGGCCGACUUACCGGAGGGUUUGGAUGGCGAAGCAGAAAUCUAUUGCCCUCAUAUACGGUGACUGGGAUGAGUCGUACAACGACCUGCCUAGGUGGGUCUUGGGUGUCCAGCUGACGAUGCCUGGGAGUGUUGUGGUCCUGAAGACGAGCCCGGUUCGAGUUGGAGGACAGGUGGACGAAUCUCAAGCAUACUUCCACAGACUUUUCUGGACAUUCCCGCCCUGCAUCGAGGCAUUCCGUCAUUGCAAGCCACUAAUCAGCAUUGACGGCACACAUUUGUAUGGGAAGUAUGGGGGAACGUUGCUCAUCACGAUUGCACAGGAUGGGAACUCCAACAUUCUACCUGUGGCAUUCGCACUAGUAGAGGGUGAGAAUGCGGAAUCCUGA